CGACAAGGAUUUGUUACAUAGAAUUGUUCGAGAAUUAUUCAGGAUGAUGAGAAUAAGAGUAGUGUUUCUCUUGGCGACGGUAUCGAUCACCCUGACGAGAUCUCAAGAUCCAGAGAUCUCCUCGACAAAUUUAGAUGUGACCCAGCCGCCGAUAAAACUGGACAAAAAUCUUCGUCGAGCUCUGUUGAAAGCUCUGACCGAUCUAGAAGCUGAAUCAGCCGAGCAAUACAAAGACGAAUCGGAAACCAUCUCUCAAAGGGACACGAGCGCGUUCGAGAGUAUAGCAAAGAAGAAUUUGAAUGACAAUCUAGGUGUACAAAAGACCACAUUCUCUUUCAAGAGCUUCCCAGGCGACGAUGACGUAUCAAGCGAAGAUAAAUUGCAAAAUUCCAGUUUCGUCGAAGGUAUUCAUUACGUGACACUUAAUACACCUUCGAUGGAUAUCGAGAAAGCGACACAAGAAGAUGCCAAAAGCUUUCACGUUCAGAACGUGAUAUUGCCAGAAAAAAAGUCAAAUUUCAGAAGCGAAUCGAAGGAACAGCGUGAGAAGACGAUACCUACCACGAUGAAUAUCUUCCCCGUAAACAAGAUGGAAAGUUUAACGCAGAAAUCGGAUGUUUCCGAGAGUCUAACUAGAAGUGCUUCAAACAGCAUUGCAAAUGCGUUAGUCAGUCCUAAACCAACCAUAGUUACUCCGACAGUUUCGUCAAAGAAUAACAUGACAAUAACCGAAUUAGAUGAUUCUAAGGACAAAACGGAAGAGGUUAAAAUCUUCCAGGCGCCUCUGGUUGCAGCAUUCACUGUGCAACAAGACGAACAAGGCGUACCCAAAAGCGUCGUUCCGAUUUUCAGAUCGCCUAACGAUGGACAAGCUCUGACUCUUCAAGAGCAAUUAGAGUUUAAACAACAACUUCUGGAGAAACAAUUGGCAGAGCUUCAGCAGCAACAGUUCCAACAGACGCAGUUCCUAGUAAGGCAGCAGCAACUAUAUGAACAACAAUUGAGACAGAAACAACAACAGUACUACCUUCAGGAACAAGUCAGGAUCAAACAGUUAGAGGAACAGACCAAGCUUAAACAGCUGGAAGAACAAAGGCUCAAGCAGUUGGAGGAGCAGAGAUUGAAUCGAUUCCAACUUCCUCCUGUACCACAAAAGCAAUUCUUCUUCGAUCAGAGCAACAACUUCUUGAUGUUCCAGCCUCUUGCCGAGUCCAACGUUCAUCUACAACCUAGCCUGACUUUAGAAGUACCAAAUGUAGCUGCACCUCCAAUCUUUCAACCGAUCUUCCAACAAGACCCAUUGCGUCUACAACCCUUCCGACAACAGCAGCAAUCACAAUAUCUCCAUCACCAGCAACAGAUUCAACCGCAACAGCUGCAACAGUUGCAUCAAUCGCAACAACAACACCAGAGACUCCAGCAGAGCUUCAGCUCGUUCUCGACCGAUUUCCAGCCUUCGGUAUCCACGAGAUACAAUCGUCAGGAGGCUUUCAAUUUGGUGGGAAAUUUUGGUUUCAACGGGAAUAACAAAAUCGCGGCCAACAGAGGCAAUUUUGGCUUCGUUCCACCGCACAAAACUCCAACGAAUUUCUACAAUCCUUAUGCCCAGUUCAAACAAUCGAAGCCUCCCACGCCGGCUAGGCAAAUUCAACAUCUGCUGUAUCAAUCUGGAAUCGCUGGCGAUCCGAACAACGUGCAAGGAAUUGGGAAUCCGGAAGAUUUGAAUAUCGUUUCGAAGGUUCUGGCUCUGAAUGUGGGUGCGGUGCCGAAUAAAAAUCUCCAAUUCGCGACAAAUCCGGGUUCCAGGUCGUUGGGAAAGAAUUCCGCGUGAAAGAAGAAGAUGGAGGAUGGAGUUAGAGACAAAUCAUGUAAAUCAGUGCGGAGGACGAUAUUAGUAAGGUGAAAUCGAGCUCUCACUUUUUUCCCUUCUUGGUCCUCCUUUAACCGCCUUCCCGAGUUUCGAAAUCUUGCGUGUCGCGGACAAUAAUAUUCCUCUGGAGAGUUAUGGAGAUCAUGGUAAUUAGAACAAUGAUGUGUUCAUCCUCGUGAAUUAGAUUCGUAGAUAGAUUAUGGAUGUUCAUGCAUGCUUUU